AAAACACACAGAAAUAAUUGAGCAUUCAAAGAAUCUUAUUUCUAAUAAUUUUUAAAUAAUGUUGACUACAUUAAAGAGUAAGGGGGAAAUUUUACAGUUCAAUGUUCAAUGCAAAAGACUGGUUUAAUGUCUGCCAUUUUAUAUUCCUAAUGAAAAUAGUAACCAAAAUAAUUUACUCUCAUUUGUACUAAGCAAUCAUACUGAAAAGUAGAUUUUGUACAUGUCUGAUCAGUUACCCAAUAAACUAAUAAAUCAAUUCAAUUGACAUUUAUAUUAAUAAAUAACCCGUCGAAUGAAAACAUUCUGAGAUGAUGGAAUCAAGAACUGAUACAGAUAUAAAUCCGAUAAAUUAUUCAAAUUAUUCUUCAGAUUCAAUGAAUUUUCUUCAUUCAAACAAUAACAGUAAUAUUUCUUGGUAUCCCUGCUCAACGUUAUCAAUAUCUACGUGUUCUUCAGUCCAACUGUCUACCACGACAACUACAACAGAGACUACACCAAAUGAUAUCCCAGAUCUUAAUAAACGAUUACAGAAUUCAUCUCCUUCAUCUAUAUGGUACACUAAUACACCAGUUAAUGAAUUAUGGUCAAAUUUUGGACAUUAUGAAGAAUCAUUUGGUAAAAUGAAUUCACAAUAUGAUGUUUACCGCCAACAGCAUCAUAAUCACUUACCUAAUGGAUUACAUCAUCAACACGAUAAUCAAUUACAACAGAAAUCAAUAGACAGAUCAAAUGAUUAUAUCCAAUCAAUUGAUAAUCCUCGUGGUUUAAUACAAACAUCAUCACCAUUAUCCUUAUCGACAAUAACGUCUAGAGUAACUUUGAAUACUGACGAAGUUAAUGAUGUUGGUAAAUAUAGUCAAGACGAUCAAUACUUUGCUAAUCACCCUGUCAAUAUGAAUAGUAACAAUAAUAACAAUAAUAAUACUAAUCAAAUAACGUCUGAUGCAGAGGUGUUUCGUCAAUAUGCUAGUAAUAUUACCGUUAAUAGUGAUGAUAAGUCAUUUCAGAGUCAUGAGAGUUUGACAUGUUUACCAACAAGUCCAAGAAGCUAUGUGAAUGAGUCUCAGUUAUGCAUAGGACAGUUAGACACAGAACUUCUCCAUAUGCACCAUGGUUAUCUACAGCAGCCUCCUCCUCCGCCACCACCUAUGACCUUUCAAUAUUUACAUUCCCCAUCGUUAAAUUGUAUUCCAUUACAUCGUCAUAAUGAAUACUCUCAGUUUCAACUAUCACAUCAUUGUGUUUCAGCAUUGAAUCAAAAUGAAAUGGAUCAUAGACUGUCACCAACGCCAACGCCAAAGCCAAGGCCAACAACAACAACAACCACAGUACUGACAGCAACAUCAACAACUUCCUCGAAAGGCUGUACAGUACCCUUACCUGUACCAUCUAUGAUCUAUCAACAUCAACAACAAUUACAACAGAUCAAUAAUAAUCAUUCAAAUUUCUUACAGAAUUCAACUAAUCAAUCAAAACAAUCAUGUCAUGCUAAACCACCUUAUUCAUAUAUCAGUUUAAUUACAAUGGCGAUACAAAAUUCUUCAACACGUAUGUGUACAUUAUCAGAAAUUUAUCAAUUCAUUAUUGAUUUAUUCCCAUACUAUCGACAACAUCAACAAAGAUGGCAAAAUUCAAUUAGGCAUUCAUUAUCAUUUAAUGAUUGUUUUGUUAAAGUUUCACGUAGUCCAGAUAAACCUGGUAAAGGUUCCUAUUGGACAUUACAUCCAGAUUCUGGGAAUAUGUUUGAAAAUGGAUGUUAUUUAAGACGACAAAAACGCUUUAAAGAUCCUAAACGUGAAAUGGGUCAUCGUAGUCAACGUAAUACUGCUGCUACAGCUACUGCUGCUGGUGGUAUUACAAGUACACUGACAUCGACAUCAAUAAUAAAGGGUAAUCUAGAUACUACGCAUACAUCAAGUAUUCGUACCAAUAAUAACAGUAAUGCUUAUUCCAAUGUAGUGGGAAAUAUACUACAUCCUAUUGGUGAACAUUUAUUACUUCCAUCCGGUGUGAAACGUGCUUAUUCUAAAGCAGAAUUUAAUCGUUUACCAAAUACUCGAAAUGAUGAUCCUUUGUUACACAAUAGAAUAAAAUCAUUUCCUGUCAAUAUGUCUACAGGUGACAGCAAUGACUUUGAUGAAGACGAGGAUACUGGCGUUCAUCAAGAUGAUGAUGAUGAAGGUGAUGAUGAUGUAGAUGACGAGGAAAUCGAUGAAGAAGAUGACGAUGGAGAAGAAGAAGAAGAAGGUGAAGAAGUUAACGGUCACAACUUCAACACCAACAACGAUUUCAACCUGAAUAAUAAUAAUAAUAAUAAUAGUCAUAACAAUAAAAGGCUAGAAGGGAACUCAGUAGAUAAGCCCAAUCACUAUUAUCCUCAACAUUCUAAUCAAUUUUCUGUUGAUUUAAAACAAUGUUCAAGUAAUCGACAACACUAUUUAAACAAAGAGUUUACUCAAGAAGUUAUUGAAAAGUCGUUGAGUAAAUUUAAACCAUCUCAAUUGUUUCUAUUAAGUCCAUAUGAUAGUUGUGAGUCGACAAAGUACAUUACAGAUAUUAUAUAUCCAGAAAGUAAUUAUGAACAUUCAAGGAAUUUUGACGAUUAUUCGCAUCAGUCUCUUCCGCAUAAUUGUCAUAUUCAACAGAUGAAUAAUUAUGCCGAGAAAGUCAAUUUUCAGCACCCUAUAGAAAAUACUACUUGUGUCAACCCCAUCAAUAGUAGUAGUAGUAGUAAUGGUACUAGGAUCCACUCGGAAACAGAUUUAUACAAUCCUGUCUCAUACUCAUCAACAUCACCAAUAAAUGCUAAAAACAAGUCACUGACAGAUUACUUAACAACUGGUUGUAUCAAUAAUAAUGGAAUAACUAAUCCUCAUCAUUACUUUCCAUCAGUUUCAUCCGGUUCCUCAUUAUCUUCAUCAGCUGCUUUUCACUCUAAUUCGGCAAUGAAUUUAAUGCCUGAGUUAUAUUAUUCUGAUAACGAAUUUAGCGCUCAUCGGUAUGUUACAUCCUACAAUUCGUCGAAAUGUACACAUAUUUCAAGUAUACUUACUAAUAAUACUACUACUAAUAUGCCUAUUAGUAGUAGUAGUGAGAGCAAUGAUAUAAAAUUUUCAGGUAAUUCAAGCAUAAUACCAACAACUGAAAAAUACGGUACAACGAAUGAUAAUUACUAUGGGGGUACUCAGCAACAAUGUACAAUCGGUAAUGAACAACAAAUUGAUCAACAGUAUCAUUUCAGCCAAUAUUCUACCCAUCAGGAUCUCGUUAUACCACAGUCGGCAAGAACAACUAACACACUGACAAAUAUACCAUUACAGCUUAAUCAAACCUACCAACAUUUAUCACUUAUUCAGUCACUAGACGAUAGUCAAUACAUCUCAAGUAGUGAAAUACCUCUGGCCAAUACAAAUAUUUCAUGUAAUACAACUAAUAUACUUUCAUCUUCAUUACUGACACCAUCAUUAUCAUGUUUAUCACUGUCAACACCAUCAUCAUCAUCUUUCGGCAUAUCUUCUUCUUCAUCAUCAAUACCAAAAGUGAAUACUCUAGCUGAAAUUCCUUCAUCAACGUCCACCGUUUCAUCAACUUCAACACUUUUGUCAAUAGCAACAGAAUCAACAAAUCCACUUUAUACUACAUCUAAAUCAUUUCAACAUUUUCAUUUAAAAACAUUAGAAUCUAAUGUAUGGACUACAAAUUACUUAAAUUUAUCAAUAGAAAACACCGAAAAACAGUUAAAAUAUCUCGAAGAAGGUGAAAAAUUUCAAAACAUUGAACAUUUAACGGUUCAAUGUGUCAAUAGUGAUAAGAAGAUGACAAAUAAAAAUCAUGUAGAAGAAGAUGAAAAAGAUGAAGGUGAAGUUGAAUGUGAAAAUGAUGCUGAAGAUGAUGGUGAAUAUGAAAAUGAAGCAUUAAAUCGUUCGGAAGCCUUCAAUAAAACCUUUUCAAUUGAUCAUUUAAUGCAUUUUCAAAAUCCUGAUCUAGAUAUAACCAAUACAACAAAUACAUUGAUACAAUAUGCUACAAAAACAGAUAUAUCUCUGUUUGAAAGGCUAAGAAAUUCAACAUUUCGAUUAAAUGAUCUUAAUGACAAUAAUUCGACAAUAUCUAUUCACGGGAGAUGAUUAUAUAUGUGGUCCCUGUUAUACUGGAAUUCAAUAGAAGCUAUGAAUAGAGUGUUGAAACAGUUAUACAACUCAAGAAUCUCAAAAUUGGCAAUCUUUUCUCAGAAUCUGAAGCUAAGACAUUAAGUGAAGUUCAAUAAACCUGUAUCUUCAUUCUUCAGUCACCCUCCACGGUAUAUAUACAAAUAGAGAUUUAUUACAUAAUAUCAUUUUUUAUGCAUAGAUAUUCAGAUUAAUUUAACAUGCUCAGUAAUAAUCAUGUUAUAAUCAAAAUGUCAUUUUCCAUGUUAUUUCUUCUUUUGAAUUUCAUUACAUACAGAGAUUUCUUCUCAUUGUUGACUUGUACAACAAUUGAUUCACUUCUCCUAUCGAAUUGAAUAAAACAGUGUAACUUGAGCUUAACAUAAACUUCAUUAUUCUUUCUGAUUUUCUAACUCUUUACAGCCUUAUUGAUAUAAUGUAAACAACCAUUCUUCUCAUCUAUUCUUUUCAAUUAUCCAUUUCCUUACGAAAUCUAUCCAUAUUAUUACUAAAUAUGUACAGAAAAGUUUACAUUUAUUAAUGAAUGUUUAUAUAUUUUUAUUUGUUCAUUUACAAAAUGUAAAAUUGUGAAAUAUUACUCAUAGGUUAAACAGUUGACCAAAUUUAAAUUUAUUUCUACUGACAUAUUAUCAAUACAAUUGUUUAAAAGUAUGCUAUCAAGUAACCUUGAUAGUCGUUUUAAUCAUGCUUCCAAGGUCAAUGUCUAAUAUAUAACAGAAUAGAAGGAAAAAGCUGCUACGUUUUGAAUUGUGAAUUUUUUCUAAACACCUUAAUCUUUCAAAUUGAAAAUUGUUGUUCAUGAAAAUUUUUACUGCUUUACUAGACACGUUUAUUGAAAUAGUAGAAAAGUACUAAAAACAUGUGG